AUGAAACUCUACUUUGAAGCCGAAAGGUUUCUUAAACAGAAUGACAAGGCUAGUGGGAGUUUACAAUCACGAGUAUUCAAUGAUAAGAGAUUAACCAGUUCUCCGAAACACGUGUUUGCACUUGUCUACUCAACCAUUAAAUUCAAAGACUAUAUAGAUCAGAUCAUCAAGAAGUCAAAAGUCAAGCAAGAGAUUGCUCGUGGAAAAGUAAGAAUUAGUGAUGAGCUUUUACGAUUAUUGAUCCAUGAUUUGUUAUUCAGUCCGCGUGGUAGGAUCGAGAGUGGAAAACAUCCAAUCAAAGAUGCGUUUUUGGCAAACAAGACUAGACUACAGGCAGAGUUUAUUAAACUUAAGCUCAAGUAUAAGGUCAAAGCUGUGAGUGAGCUACCUACAAAGGAUUCAAGUGAAGAUGAAACACCAGUGCGGUGGUUUAGAAUCAAUACAAUCAAGAUCGAUAAGGAUCGUUUCUUUAAAAAGCAUCCAUUCUUUGCCAAAUUGCAGCCAGUAAACACAAUUGCGGAACUCACGAGUCCUGGUUUCAUAUAUUCGGAUGAUUAUAUACCACAUUUGUAUGGUAUACAUCCAAAGGAAAAACUUUCGGCUCAGGAGGCUUAUAAGUUGGGUGAAGUGAUUAUUCAAGAUCGAGCUUCUUGUUUCCCGGCUCAUAUUUUGAAUCAAGAUCCAAAUGAUGUACACAAGCAAGUUAUGGAUGCAUGCUCUGCUCCUGGGAAUAAGACUACGCAUGCAGCAGCAUAUUUGCCGCAAGGUGAAGAUUCAGUUGUCUUUGCAACUGAACGGGAUGCCAAGAGAGUAGCCAUUCUCCGCACCAUGUGUGAAAAAGCUACUGGUAAGAAUCGGAAAAGACUUGUGCAAAUCACGCACAAGGACUUUACUACGAUAAAUCCUGAAGAUUUCCCCGAUGUCACUGGUCUCAUUGUUGAUCCAUCGUGUAGUGGAUCAGGAAUUUUUGGAAGGGCGAUGGAUGAAAAUAGUGAGGAGUCAAAGAGUGAUUCUACAAUUGACCAGGAGAGGUUACGAAAACUAGCGUCCUUCCAGUUUGUUAUAAUGAAACAUGCAUUGUCUUUUCCCGGUGCUAGAAAAGUGGUGUAUUCCACAUGUUCGAUACACGCAGAGGAAAACGAAAGGGUUGUGAUUGAUCUUUUGCUGGACGAGCAAAUACGAAAUCAAGGGUGGACCUUGGCUAGUAGAGACAAAGUCAUACCAGAAUGGCCAAGACGUGGUAUUGAGAGUGAGUUUGUGAAAAUGUCAAGGGAUGAACAAGUGUGUAGGGACUUGGCUGGUGGAUGUGUAAGAGCCAACCCUAAAGAAGAUGGUGGGAUAGGUUUUUUUGCUGCGUGCUUUGUGAAAAGGGGAGGCUAA